UGGCGAUGGCGACGGCGACGGCGACCGCGGAAGGGUGCUCAGUGUGACCGAAGUCGAGGAUUGGGCUUACGGGAGAGGAGAGAGCAUGUUCGCUCACUGGAGAUUUCAGUUGCGAUUCUAGGUGGUAACGUGGAGAGAUAUGUAAAUUGAGUUGUAUGCGUGUAAUAAAUCCUCGUUAAAAAUUCUAAAACCUUGCGGCCUAGCCGGGAAUGGCGACGGCGGCCUUUCGGUCGAGCACGAGAAGAUCUACAUUCGUCGACGACGCUGCCGGCGAUGCAUCCUCUUCCAACCGUGGCGCUACUGUUCGCCGCUCAAGGAGCCUUAGUCGCUUCUCCGACCGCCUCCCACCUCCAGCGGUAGGGUUGGAGCAGGACGAGCCCCCGAGAUUAGAGAUUCGGCCUAGUAACAACUCAAGUGGGUUCGUGUUCCCUGAGAUUAGCCUUGAUGACCUUGCCCAUGAGUUCUUUCUCGGGAGAUAUAAGGAUGUUGACAUCAUCAAGGGCGAUGCUCACCGGAGGCGAGGAAGGUCAGUGUCGAGGUGCGCUGAGCCGCAAGCAGCUGGGGAGAGUAAUACUUUUUCGGAGAAUGGUAGGAAAAACAGGGGGACUUCGUGUUCGAGAUUGAGGAGGCAGCGAUCACUUUCGAUGGCUCGGCAGCGUUUUACCGACUCGGAGGAUUUCUCUUCCACAUUUGCGGAUGUUGAAGUAAGGAAUGCACCACCUAGGAGAAAAGUCUCUGAGAAGAUAAAUGGAGCUGUGUCUGCCAGUGGCAAGUUCCGUUAUCAGACAAAAAUCUUCAAAUCGAAUGGGCAUAGAAGUGGAUUGCGUGAAGCCAUGACCAACGAAGAAAGGCUUUCAGUAGAAGAGAUUCAAACAAAACUUGAACAGUCUGACAAACGUAAGGAGGUCUUGUUGGCUAAGUUAGCAGUCGAGCAACAACGUAAUCAAGAACUAUCUAAGAUUGUGAAAAAUUUGCAUCCCGGGCAAAAAUCAGCUUGCAUGGCAAGAACGCAUUCAUGCGUGAGAAGAAGAAGCAAAGACAAGCUGAGCAUUUCUAAGCAUUUAAUGGAGGAGGCUGAGAAGCAUAUUGAUGAAUUCCUUUCUAAUAUUGAAGAUGCAGAUAUAUCAUCCUUUGACGGUGAUCGAAGUGAUACAAGCUCAACAAUUGGGGGAAAUUCAAAGUGUAGGGAUCCUGUAACAUAUAAUACCAUAGAAGAAAUACAUGAGAAUCUAGUGAGCCCUGCUGCUUCUCCUGUUGAUGACUCUGAAGGGAUUCUACUCCCCUGGUUGCACUUGGAAACUAGUAACGAAGGUUCUUCGUCUCCUUGCAAAACAACUCCAGCUUAACAAUGAAUACUGAAUCAAGCUUCAUAUCAGUUGAAAGCGAGGAUUUUACAAGAGAGCAGUUGAAUGACAACCCUCAUGAGGAUAGAAGCUACUUUGCAGCUUCUAGAGACAUUAGAGGGAUUACAUGUGGGAAGUUCGAGUCAGCUUCAGAACAAUCUACUGGUAGUCCAUGCAAUUCAUCAUUCUUCAUGGAUGAACUAAAUUAUCAAUCAUUUAACGAAGACAUUGUCAUUGAAAGGUAUUUGCACAGGCAGAGAAUAGAGUCGGGUAGCUUAUUGGUCUGUGGAAGAUCUGUGUUAUAGAUCUUAUUUGGCCUUUUUUAUGGGCUCUCUUUGUACCAGAGGUAAAAUUAUCAUUUAUUUGUACUUCAUAUUACAUAAUUUAUGAAAUCUAAAAGCAUAUAUUCAUUGGAAG